UAUUUUUAAUACCUCUAAUUAUAAACCAUGGUCCCAUGAUGAUAAUUGAUAAGUACAUUUUACAGGUGAACAAGAUUUGGUAUGAGUUAGAAACGUACAAGAGGAAGCUUUAUGGGGCUGAAUCCGCAUAUAGCAAUUCAAAAACACCAAGUAAUCCCGAAGGACAUAGACCAAAGCACCGUAUUGGCUUACUUGGUCUUCGUGGUAAUAAGAUUUUUCUAUCGUAUGGGUUGGAGUUAUCACGAUUGGCACUUAUCAUAUUCCAUAUACAAAGGAAAUAUUUUUGUAACAAUGAAAAUGAUGUUAAAGAAGCAUGGGAUGAUCCGGGAGAUUUUGCAUAUGUAACUAGGCUUCCCAAUUACUUACUUAUUCUUACAACGACUUACUCUGAGGUUUCACCACUUAUUAUUCCAUUUCGAGAUAUCUACUUUGCCUUAGGAUGGCUCAUCCUAAGGAAUCAGGUUAGUUGGUUUUUUCAACAUAAAAUAUAAAAGCAUAGUGUUUUUAAAUUUUAAUAGGGUUGAAUUGGGUUUAGUAGGUGUAAAGAAGUGAAAAGGUUAAGUUUAGUCAGAGUAAAUUGGUAAAGGUAAGAUACCAAAUUAGAAAUGAAAUGUUUAAGGUGACUUGACUAAAUAAGAAAAUGAGACACUUAUAACAUGCUUGGAUUUGGUGUAAAUAUUUAAGGAAGGAAAUAAAUUCAAACUAAUAAAAUAAAGAGGAGGGAGUAUAAUUUUUCAGUUAUCUUGGUUUGUGUUAAGGAAUUAGGUUUUCAUUAGUUAUCUUGGUUUGUGUUAUGCUAUUACUACUCUAUAUCAGUUUGUCAAGGUUAUAUUUUGCAAUUACAGAGUUGCCAUAUAAUAUGACCUUUGUACAACCAUUUAGUAAGAAUUAACAUUAACGUGUACAUUGUUUUUCAAAUUCCGAUCUGUCAAACUGCAUCUUAAAUGGCGGGUCAAUUCAUUUUAUAAAGAUGUUCGGGAUUGGGUAUCCGACCCGCCUUAACCGAGUCGGAUCAUGGGCCAUAAAAUAAUUUUAAUCAGGUACCCACCGACCCAUUAUUUUAGAUUUUUUAAAAAAGUGUUUUAUUGG